CAGACAUGGAAGCACCAGGUGAAGACCUCCACAGCCACUGAGCACUGCAUUCGCUCUUUUUCACGAUCUUCUUUCUUCUUUACCCACCGCAUCCAGCAGAUUCGUGUCUGUCUGGUGUCACUUUUGCAUCCACAGCGCCCAGAGCCUCGAUUCCCUCUCCAGCUUGUGUGGCAGCCAGUGAUCACCCAAACUGAUGAGGAUCGGCUGAUUGAGUUAAAACAGGUUUCCUUUAUCACAGUUGACAAGCGGAAAGAAUGUCGGAAAGGGCCGAGGAUGACGUCAGGGGGGAGCAGCGCCGAGCGGCCAGGCAGCAGCUGAAGCAGCAGCAGAUCCAGCGGGGAGAAGGCUCCACAGCAAUGGCGACUGUUGCGGAGCGGAGAUCCCUGCCUAGUCCAGAAAUAAUGCUGGGACAGCCUUGGAGCAACUGGGUCGACGCUGCCAAACUCCACGGCAACGACGGUGCUGAAUCGGAGGAAAGUUUCAAAGACUUCGGGAAAAAUCGAGAAGCCAUGCGUUUGUGCAGAGAAGACAUGCCUAUAUUUGGCCAGUGUCCCGCACAGGACGACUUCUACCUGGUGAUGUGCAGCCUCUGCAGUCAGGUAGUCAAGCCCCAGGCCUUUCAAGCACACUAUGAGAGAAGACACAGUUCGGCCAGCAAGCCAACCUCCACCUCGCCCUUCCCUCUGUCGAGCCGGAACCGGAGCAGUGGCAGUGGGCUUGGGGCCGGGCCCGGGUUGGGCUCGGGGUCUGGGUCCGGAGUUGCGACUGGAGGGAUCCCUGGCCGACCCUCCACUGCCGGAUCCAGCAUCUCCUCCUCUUCCACCUCCUCCUCUUCCAAUUCCAAACUCCUCAAACCAGCCAAAGAGAAGCUGCCAAGCAUUCAGAGAAGACCCCACUUCCCCCCUUUCAGGGUGCUGCAGCCAGACAAGAUCCUCACCCCAGCUGUCAAGGUGGAGAAGAUUCAUCUGAAGGUGGAUCCAUCAGCAAAGUUGGCGCAGGCCCCCUCUGCCCUUGCAGCCUCCUCAUCCUCGUCGUCCUCCUCCACUUCCACCUCUAGCACCACUGUGAGCUCCAACACUACCACUGUCACCGCCUCCUCCUCCUCAUCAGCCCUUAAGCCAGGCCUUAACUGUCCCUCCAUACCAAAGCCUCCCUUACUGGCCCCCGGCCAGAUUCCCAAUGGCAAGGGCCACCUGUCGGUCCUCUCAGACAAGAAGCAGGACAGCAGCAGCAGCAGCAGCAGUGCCAGUAGCAGACGCCACCUCUACAAGAGACUGUCAGAACGCGAGUUCAAUCCAGAUAUCCACUGUGGUGUUGUGGAUGUGACAGCUCGGAAACCAUGCACAAGAUCCCUAACAUGCAAGACACAUUCCUUAAGCCAGCGGAGGGCGGUUCCAGGGCGAAGGAAGCGCUUUGACACAUUGCUGGCAGAGCACAAGAGUAGAACCAGGGAGCGGGAGAGGGAACUCCACACACCGCAUUCCCAGCAGACCCCCCCUCUCAGGGAUCCCCACCCUUCUUCCCGCCUUGCCAGUGCCCAUGACCCCCACCAAGUGGCCCAUGGAAAUGGCCCUGCCCCAGAUGCCACUAAGCCUUUGCCGCUUGGCAAACCCAAACUUCACAACUCUGGUCUUCCUCGACUAAACAGCAGUCACGGAGGUGGGAGCACCCCCGGAGACCCUGCGGUAGUCCAUGAGUCUCCACACCAUCCACCAACCGCCCCUGAAGGCUUUUCGCGGCCCUCCAGUGAUGAGGGAGAGAAUGAGGAGCGGGAGGAGAAUGCUGACAAACUGGACUGUCACUAUUCAGGUUAUCACCCUCGACCGGCAGCUUACUGUACUUUUGGAAGUCGACUGUUUGGGAGAGGCUGCUACUCCUUUGACCGGCGUUGGGAUCGAAUGCGAUGUGCACUAACUGCCAUGAUGGACAAGCAUGUCAACUCUCAAAUGUGGAAGAAAAUCCCUUUGGCCUUGGAGAACUCCUCUUCUGUUGCAUCUGCCCAUAGGACAAGCACAAACUCUCAUGGUAGCACGCCCUCCACGGGCUUCUUAAGCCCCCCUGCCACCUUGCCCCAGCCUCCGUACAGCCAAUCCUAUGAGGGCAAGUCAGUGCUCUCCUAUGGGACCACCUUAAAUGCCCGCAGCUCCCCACAGGGCGGGGCUGAGCACCCGGCCUAUGGCACCACGCAGGCCCGACAAGUGUCUUCGUCGCCGCAGAUGCCUUCAGCCCACUCCUCCUCCUCCUCUUCUUCCUCAGCUCCUUCCCUAGCCUCAGGCCGGGCGCUUAAGUCCCGUUCCUCCAGCAGCAGCACUACCAAGUCGUCGUCGUCAUCAUCCUUCAGGCCUAAGGAGAUCUCCCCUGGCUCCUCCACACCUGUCAUCCCCAACUCGACCAGUGGGGGCAGCAGUGGGGCCAACAACAACAGUAGCAGCACUAGCUUCAGCUCGGGGAAGAAGAGGAAGAACAGCUCUGUCCUCUCCUCAUCCCAUGGUUCCACUGAAUCCUCUUCAUCAAAUGCCAACUAUUCUUCCUCCUCCUCCUCUUUCAAGAAGAACUGUGCAAAUGUCGGCAGCUCAGGGAGCACCUACCACCACAGCUCACUAGGCCCCUCGUCCUCAUCAUCAUCAUCCCUGUCCUCGCACAGUGGGGUCCACAGCGUGGGGCUGAACUGUGGGCCCACGGUGCGGACCAACUCCCUCAGCCUCAAGGCUGAGUCAUCUGGAGGGUCGGCAGGCGGCUCCUCAGGGCCCACAGCACGAGGCCCUCCAUCUGGUAGCCCUGCAGAGUCCAUCAAGCGCAUGAGUGUGGUGAUGAACAGCAGUGACUCCACCCUCUCCCUGGGGCCCUUUGUGCAUCACCAGUCCUCCUCCUCAUCUGAUCACCAUGCCAGCUUCAGCCACCACUCCUCUGAUGGGCGUUUAGAGGGUAAGAAGCGCAAAAGCUCCCCUGCCUCCAGUGGUGGUGGAGCAACAGGGCUGGGGGGAGGAGGAGGACCAGGACCAGGCAGGCCCAAGGUGGCCAAGUCACCUUCCAUUAACAACAUCCAUGGGAAGCAUGGGCGCAGCAUUCCAGGGACCCCAGGGCUUCCCAACAACUCCCAUUUACAUCAGCCAAAGGCCCGUCCCUGACAGCGGUGUCCGGUUUCUGUGUAUGGAACCGGCAGGCGGAUGGGGAAGAGGAGGGGGCAGCCCCCAUACUGCUCCAGACUGCACGAGGCCUUCGAAAAUCAAACCCACAUUACUCUCAGCUUCCCACAAUGCUCAGGGUGGAGAUGAUCUGGACAGCCCAGUGACAUCAACGUUGUUAUGGUCCUUAAACUAUUUUUCCCAAAGCCAUGUGUGUGUGCAUGUGUGUGUGCAUGUGUGUUUGGGGGGGGGUUGCAGCUGAAGCACCAUUUGGGGAAAUGGCAGGUGUUGGAGUGUCAGGGGUCUAAUGGAGUAAGCCAGUAACCCCACCCCCUUCCCCCAGUAAGUGUCAUCCCAAUGUUCUGAGAGGUCUUCCUGUCUGGUUUGAAGGAGGAGAAGCAGCAGCCGUGGGUCAUGUGACCUGCGGUUCAAAGCUUAAAGGGUUCAGGUUAAGGGCUGCCAUAACAAGCCGUCAUGAUGCUGAGCAAGUGGGGAGACAACAAGCAAAAUCUCUUCCGUGUGUGUGCGUGUAGAGAGUGUGUGUGUGCGCAUGUAUGACUAUUUUUCUCAUGUCAGAUUCUGCUGGACUACUGGAAUUUUCAACUUAUUUACACCCCCAGCGCCUGAUCUCAGAAGCCUUGGAAGGAGAGAGCAGGAGAAGGAGCAAACUGUUAGUUCCAACACCUUAAACAAUACACAAUCACCUUGUUGUUUCACUUUUCACUAUUCAUUAGUUUCGACUUCUCUUAGUGACACAUUAACCUCAGGUUACAUGCAGUAGCCCGAGAUGAGUCGGUAGGGACGAAUCUAGUCAGUUCUUUGUUACCCAAAAUAAUUAUGCAAGUGUUACCUUUUUUAUGUUUUCUUACAAGCUUUUUACACUGAACUACAAAGAGUCUUUGUAGAUGUGGCGAAGACAGUCGAUUGUGCUUGCAAAUGUGAAACGGACGCCUGAUGUGCCCAUUCAAUUGAAUCUUUUGUCAUAGAGAUAGCUUGGUCUUUAGGACACCUGUUUAUUUCAUGAAUCUUUUCAUUGUGCAAAAGGAUAGCCACAGUAGACUACCCCCAACUGUGAACAGCACUAGAUAACUACUUGCACCACAGGCAGUACGUAGUUGCCCACAAAGCCAGCCAAAGGCCGCUAUUAGCUUCGCUAUCCUAUUUAAUUUUUUUUUUUUUUUUUUUUUAAACUAAAGGUUGUGCAGUCUUGCCCGUGAAGUGGUGAUGGUGCACUGCCUCUGUGUGGAGAGGCAAGAACUGUGCAAACAAAAGUGGUUGGUGUCCCAGCUUGUUCUCUGACACUCUGAGAAUUGUCAUCUUGUUUAUACCCUUUUGGCUUUUUGAAAUCCACACAGGUGUUGGUGAGCAGAUGUUUUGGUAUUGCUUUUUUUUUUUUUUUUAAACACAGGGAAUCAAAUAUGGUACGUCUUAAUUGGAGCAAAUAUAUGCACCCCACCUGUCUUCUGUGGGCAAGAUUGUCUUUCCCAGUUGUAACCACUAUCCCAGCUCUAGCUGGAAAAGAUUCAGUGUCUCACCGCAACACUGGUGGCUUCUAGUGAGAAAAGAUUUGUCACAGCAGAAUGGAUGGCCAAACGUUGUACUUCUAUUCCUUUGUCAGAAUGGAGUCUUAAAUCGGGCAGUACUUCCCCAUCUCAUUGAGAUGUUUGAUAGUUGCUAUAUUUUGGGUGUUUGUGGGUUUUUUGGUGCGAGAUUCAUGGAGAUGGCUUCACAGGAAACGUUAAAAACUUUUGGUAACACCUGUUGAUUUGUUGAACCUCUACUGAUGUCAAAUAGUGUGGGGAGUAGAGGAGAAAAUUUUCUUUUGUACCUUACUUUAGCUUUUUUCUUGUAGCCUAUGUAUCAAACAAGUAUUGAAGUAUCCCUAUUUGAGAAUACGUAUUUUGUUAACAAAUUGUACAUAGUGAAAUAUGUAUUUUUGCACAGGCAUUUUUCGUACACAGAUUUUUGGUACAAUUUAAAAGUCAUUAUUUAUUUAGUAAACAAGAUGACAAGUCAAAGAACUUGAUUAUUUGAAGUGGUUCACUGCCAAGUCUAUAUAAUGCAAUACGCCUAUAUGUAGAAGCUGAAGCAUCUCAUGAAUCGUGUACUGGGAUCCUUUAAGGAAAAUAGGUGAAGUGUUGCCACUGUAGCAUGUGUCUGUAUGACAGAGGAAACCUUUAUUCACUUUUCAAGGUCUCAAUCACAUGUGCUUUUACAAUACAUUUUACGUUGCCUAUGAAUCAACAAAA